AUGACUGUUUCUGUUUGUUUGUUGUUUUGUUUUUUAAUAAACCAUUGUACUGCUUUUUUAUCUCCUUUAUUUCCCCGUUUUCUUUUCUUCUUUUUUUUAAUUUCUCCCCUCUUUCAACUUCCUUUCCCUUCUUUUUCGUUUCUUUUUCUUUCCUCUAAACUAGCUUCUGAUUCUACUCAUUUUCUUCCGUUAUAUCCUGACCUGCAAUUCCUAUUUUUCGAUAUUCCUUCUCGGUUCUACGUCUCUACUUUUCUUUUUCUCUUCUCUCUUUCUCUCGUUUGCUCUAUUUUUUCUCAAUUUUCUUUAUUUCUUUUCCUCAUCUUCAAUUCUUUUUUUUUUUUUUCCUGCAACAUUCUUGUUUUCUCUCUUCUUCUAUAUUAUUUAACUUCUUUGGCUUCUUUUAUUAGCUACCGUUUUUCUGUUUCUCUCUUUCCCCCUUGUCUUCUGUUAUUUAUUUCUCCUCCUCUACUGUUUCUUGUGUUCACUCUUUCUUUUUGCUUUAUCAUUUCCCUUUUUUUUUCCACUCCUCGUUUCUUCAGCCAACUGCCACAAUUUCUCUUCAUCAUCUCACUUGCUCGGUAUUCCUCUUGA